UUUGUUGCUUCUGGGACAAAUUCUAUAUUCUAUCAUCGGAUAUUACAAUCUCUUCUCUAUACAACAUCGCCUGUCUUCCUGGCCUUUCUUGAAUACUCAAACGAGAAACACAAAGAUAAAGGAGAGAACUUCUAUACAUUCUUCUUCUUCUUUAUUUUUUUUUUUCUUUCAGCACUUUGAGAAAAUAAAAUCCUGAAAUUCUGCAUCCUGAACAGCAGCAAUCUGAUACAAACAGAGAAGCACAGUGAAGCAAAGCAAGGGGAGCAUAUAUUCGGAGUAAGAGAGUAUGAAUGUCUAUAGAAACUCUCCAAAAGCCUCUCCAGGUAGAAAAUCUACCACCCUGCAAUACCUAUUUGAAUUAGAUUCAAAAAAUAACAAUGGCGUUAUCUCUUCCAGUCCAAAAACUAGCAAGCACUCUCCCUCCGAGUCAGAGAAUGAAAGCAUUCUCUCUACUAUAUCUCACUGCUCUGUUAUCUUCACAUUCACUGAUUCUUUGGAGUCUCCCUCUCAGCAAGAUUUCAAGCGAUACAAGCUCAUCCAGCUCCUUUCCACUGUGAAAUCUGCCAAGAAGCCACUUCCUGAUCAAGUUUUGUCCGCUCUUAUAUCCAUGAUAUCCGCCAACCUGUUCCGGCCUCUCCCUCCGUCUAGUAAUAGUGCCAUCCUCACUGCCGACUUGCCUGAUGAUGAAGACCUUUCUUACCCUCUUUCACCUGCAUGGCAACAUCUGCAAAUGGUAUAUGACAUCCUUCUUAGACUAGUCCUCAACGUGGAUCCCAAGAUACUUCGUAGCUAUAUUGAUGAAUCUUUCAUCACCAAUCUUCUCUACCUCUUCCAAUCUGAAGACCCGAGAGAGCGCGAGAGUUUGAAGAAUGCUUACCACAGGAUAUACUCCAGGUUCACUUUCUACAGGUCCUUCAUGAGGAAAUCAAUGAAUGAUGUCUUCUUGCACUAUGUUUUUGAGUCCGAGAAGCACUGUGGGAUUGGCGAGUUACUUGAGAUAUGGGGAAGCAUCAUCAAUGGUUUCACAGUUCCACUAAAAGAAGAGCACAAGCUGUUCUUGAUGAGAGUGCUUGUACCUCUGCACAAGACGAAAGGGAUGCAAGUUUACCAUAGGCAAUUAUCCUACUGUGUGAAUCAGUUUGUGCAGAAGGAGCCAAUGCUAGGUGGGAUUGUCAUUAGAGGGAUUCUAAGGUAUUGGCCUAUCACUAAUUGCCAGAAGGAGUUUCUGCUUAUUGGUGAGUUGGAGGAACUUGUGGAGAAUAUAGAACCUGAUCAUUAUAGAAAGUUGGCUUUACCUUUAUGUAGUCAAAUUACAAGAUGCUUGAACAGUUGGAACUCACAGGUUGCAGAACGAGCAUUGUACAUCUGGAACAACGAACAAUUUGUGAAAAUGGCAUCAUCAGCAAUAAAAGAUGUGUUCCCAGUGAUAGUGGAAGCGAUGGAAAAGAACCUGAAGUGGCAUUGGAGCAAGAGUGUGAAGCAACUGACAGAAAAUGUGAAAGGAAUGCUACAAGAAAUGGAUCCAAACUUGUACGAUAAGUGCCUGCAAGAAAUGGUAGACAAAGAAAACUUGGCCAGGCAAGAAGAGAUUAAGAGAAAGGAAAGAUGGGAAAGAAUAGAACUGGAAGCAGCCAAGAACCAGUUUCUCCAACCACAGCAGUUUCUAUGCCUUUCCCAUUGAUAAUUCUGUGGCCAAAUGCAUUUGAGAUCACUAAUUGCUGUGCAUUUAAUUUUGUUAGUAUAGAAGUUUUAGCAGAAACAAUUAUUUUAUUGGGUAUCCAACAGGUAAUAUAAGCUGGAACCUGGAAGGUUUGUGAAUACCUAAAGUGUUUGUCCAAUUUUGAUAAGCCAUUUUUUCUUUCUAGAUGGUCUAAAAAUAUAAGUCACUUUUUUUUA